GCCCUCCUCCCCAAGAAGACCCCAACGCGCUUUCCCCGCACCAAAGCGUCGUGUGCUGCUACUUAACCUAACUCCUCCGCCGAACAAUUCCCCAUUCCUGAUUCCAAACAGAACAAGCAGCGGUAGUCGUCUUGCGCGCGUGUGUGGAGAGGAAAGAUUGGAUUUUUAUUUCGGUGAUUGUUUGGUUGGUGAGGAGAGAUGUUGAGAGCGGUUGCGAGGUGCUGGGGACACUGGCCGCCGGGGGCGGCGGCCGCGGACGGGAUGCUGUGGCAGACGGAGCUGCGGCCGCACGCGGCUGGGGAGUUCUCGAUGGCGGCGGCGCAGGCGAACCUCGCCAUGGAGGACCAGGCGCAGGUGCUGGCUUCCCCGGCCGCCACGCUCGUUGGCGUCUACGACGGACACGGCGGGCCCGACGCGUCCCUAUUCCUCCGAUCCCGCCUCUUCCCCCAUGUCCAACGCUUCGCAACGGAGCAGGGGGGCAUGAGCGCGGAGGCGAUCCGGAAGGCGUUUGGCGCGGCGGAAGAGGAGUUCCAUCAGCAGGUGAGGCAGGCGUGGCCGAAGCGUCCGCGGAUGGCCGCCGUGGGCUCCUGCUGCCUGCUCGGGGUUAUCUCCGGGGACACGCUCUACGUGGCCAACCUCGGCGACUCCCGCGCCGUGCUCGGCCGCCGAGUGGUCGGGGGAGGGGUGGCCGUCGCCGAACGGCUCUCGAGCGAGCACAACGCGGCGUCCGAGGAGGUGCGGCGGGAGCUCGCCGCGCUCAACCCCGACGACGCGCAGAUCGUGGUGCGCACCAGAGGGGCGUGGAGGGUGAAGGGGAUAAUUCAGGUGUCAAGAUCCAUUGGUGAUUUUUACUUGAAGAAACCGGAGUAUAGCAUGGACCCCUUGUUUCGGCAAAUUGGUCCACCUAUUGCAUUGAAGAGGCCAGCUCUCAGCGCUGAACCAUCAGUUCAAGUUCGCAAGCUGAAACCCAAUGACCUAUUUCUAAUAUUUGCUUCAGACGGUCUUUGGGAGCACCUCAGUGAUGAUGCUGCAGUACAAAUUGUCUUCAAGAAUCCGAGAACAGGAAUAGCCAGCAGAUUGGUAAAGGCUGCCUUGAAGGAAGCCACAAGGAAGAGGGAGGUCAGGUACCGUGAUCUGAGGACGAUUGAUAGGGGAGUAAGGCGCCAUUUCCAUGACGACAUCAGCGUCGUCGUGGUCUACCUCGACCGACACCAUGGGCGCCGCAACACCAGGGUCACCGACUCGAGCAGCAACUGCACCAGCGCUCCCUUCGACAUCUACUCCCGCAACACCCACCAGUCCGCAGAGCCCUUCCAAUCUUAUAAGAGCUCCCGGUAGUGGACUGGAUGGCUUGCAAGUUAGGCUAUCGGGCUAUCUCUGCCUGGUAAAUGUGUAGUGAGCUGCAGUGGCAUUGCCAUCGGAAGGACUCGAGAUGUACAUAGAUAGCAUGGGUGCGUGGCAUUCUGCUAACGGAAAAGAUCAUUUGGUUUUUGGAUUAUGUAGCAGAAUGGCUAAUAGCGGCAUUUCUUGUUAUGCCUAACCAACAGUAAACCCAUGCAUCAUUAGGGCUGGUAAAUUAUUUUAAAAACUAUACCAUACUGCAAUGUGGUGAUAUAGUUUAUUACGAACUGAAAGUGGAGACCUGAAUAUGUGCUCUGCUUACGGACUCAAAAGUCUGAGAAUAUAUACUCUUUGCAGCA